AUGAACGAGAUGAAAGACUGUGAGAAGGAGCCCAAGGCGAUGGCACAAGCAAGCCCAGAGGAUGAAAGCACGCGUGCAGACUGCGGCCAACACAGUGGAACUCUCACUAUUGACCCUAGUGGAGGUUGCAAGGAGGAUAAGAUGGAGCGUGAAUCUAUCCAAGAACUCUCAGGAACGGUCUGUUCCUUCGACAGAAGCAUUGAAGAAGGUCAGAUUCGGACAGAUGAUGGUGUCACAUAUAACUUCAAAAUAUCAUCUUUUGUUGAUCCAAGCCAGAUAUUUGAAGUCAAUCAGCGCAUUCGAUUCCAUGUACGCCAGAGCGACAACCAAGUCAUGGACUUAAUGUUGCUCACCACAACUGGCGGCCAGCAACUGGAAACCUCGUCCGAUGAAGAAUGCUUCUUGGCCGAUUACACAAAGGCUGGAUCUGCAGGGCCCGGAAAUAGCUUGAAAUUCAAGCACUACAAUGCAGUGAAGAAAGCAAAGAUCUCUCGGGCACUGGUGGAGGUUGAUCCUGAUGUGCAGCUGAGGGUACGGAAAGAGCCUUCGGUGGAUGCUGAGGAAAUAAUGUCAAUCGGGGCGGAUGAUGUCGUCGAGGUUGUCGGGGAGUGCGGCAACUUUCUGAGGUUGUCCGGAGACGAGGAGAGAUGGAUUCUCUACCAGCAGGACGACAUUAUUCUCAUAGAUUUUCUCUUGUCGAGUUGGUCAUGGGGUGGUAGCUGGGGAUUUGGAAACAAAGCAAGUACCAUUGAGGUUGAUAGCAUGGAUGAAGAAAAGCAUGAGAAUUCCGAGAAGGAUUCUUCGCAGAGUUGGAAUUUCUCAGGUUGGACCAAGACUGUGGCAUCUUAUGCUCCUGUGGCGAGUGCGCUUGGAACUGUAUCAGCAGUAAGCAAGAACAUACUCGCAGCAGGCAAUGAUGAUAAAACACAACCUGAAGUCCAUACAAGUGAUAGUGAGGGUCCAGACCUUGCUGAUUCGAUCACGGGUGAAUUUGAUCUUUUGAUCUUGUUUUUUUCUUACUCUUCCAUUGUUUUAGCAAAGGUCGAACAGAGUUUCGACAAACCGAUGGAGUUGGAACAGGGAGGGCUGACGUCGGUGCGGGUUGUUUCGCAGGGCAUCUCAAUGAUAGAAGGGACACUCGGGUGGCUGGGGAGUACGGCAAAGGAGAAGGCCAAAGCAGUCUCAGAGUCCAUCAACAGUGACGACUUGAUGGAUAAGGCUUGGUCUGGUGUCGCCUCGGGGGUCAAGGCGUCUUCCAACGCUGUCUCCAGUGCUUCAGAACUUGCUUCUCGCACAACGAACGCAGUUGUCAACAGUGAAACUAUUAGCAAGGUUGGGCGGUUUGGUAAGGAUACUUUUGCAAACGUCAGCAACACGGUCAUGUCUGCAGCGGGGUCUGUGCUGGUGAACAGCAAGGAUAAUGAUGCCUCUCAUCCCAACCGCUCGCUUGGCGGAGUUUUAUCUAUCGAACUAAGUGGAUGCGUGAUACAACGAGAUCCGCACGUCGACGAUGAAGAUGAGGACCCGUUCAUGUCAGACGAUUACAACACGACACCCAUGACAUCUGGUGUAUCUUAUCUGCGUAGCUGCUCCAGCUGUUCAAGCCCGCGUUCUUCGCUGGUUGUCAUCAAGGAACUUCUACGAAAGCACAGGAACCUCAAGAGAGAGUGGGAUGAGAAAGCCGAUCUGUGCAAAGAGCUUGGCGUGACGUUUGCAAUCGAAGCUAGCGUCACUGGCGCUGGGAUUCUGGAAAGCGUGGUAGAGAACGUCUUGCUGUUUGGGGAUGGCUAUGAAGUAAGCGAGGCCAUCAAACCUUGCGAGGAAGGGGCAGAAGAAAAGCAGUCCGACGCAUGGUGGGAGUCUCUUUGUAGCCGCCUGCUCCCGCUCGAGGCUGCAAGCAAGACUCCGGAGGAGCCCGAGACAAGUAAAGAGGAUUCAUAA